UGCUCACAUAAAACUUCUUCAGUUUUCUAAGGAUGUAAAGUCUUUGUUGUGCCUUCUUGAUUAGUGGUGUGAGUGGUGUUUAUUUCCCCAUUUCAAAAUGCAGAUAUAUGAGCCAAGAAAUUGCGCUAAUCACAGGCUGAUCACAUAUAUUAACUGGAGCAUUUAGUCCUUAAAAUCCACUGCUAUUUUUGAGGCGUUUAAAGUUCUCUUCUGAUUGAUCAUACUGGUCCUGCAAACUUUUUUUGUAUUUUAUUCUAGCACAAAUAGUGUUUUCAUUAUAGGAAACUUAAUAAGAAUGUGCUACCUCAACAUUGCACUGUAAAAAAAUACAGCAUUUUUAAAUCUUUCAUAGCAUCACCUCAUGAUGCAUUUGUUUUUAGAACCGUAUGAUGUCACAAAGCUAUGUAGAUAGAGAUUUUUUCUGAUGAUUCAGUCAGUAGCACUGACCAUGACAAAAAAUUACUUACAGACUGGAUCAUUUAACACACAUUAAAGCCAGAUGGACCAUAGAAGAUGGGCAUCGGCACUCUCACAAGCUCAUGCCUUUGUGAGGAAACAGCUUUGCACACAUAGUUUCUCUGUCUCCUUGUUUCUGGAUGAGCUAGCAAAUGUACCACAAGUCACUGGAUGGCUUUUUUGUAAGGUUCGCUUGCUUGACGGCAGCUUUAAGGAGGUGACAGAGAGUAAUGAAGUGUUUAACAACACUGUUCGAUGGAGGAAGGAGAUUGUGUUUGAAUGUGGAGCUACUGUCAACGUAUCAACGGGGGUCCUCGGCAACUGCAUAUGUAGAGUUUCAGUCCGUAAGGACAGAAAAGGAGGAAGAUCUUACAAGAAGGUUGGCUAUGUAGACUUAAAUCUUGUUGAGGUUAUUGGCUGUGGUUAUGUGACUCGAGACUGCCUCCUGGAGGGAUACAUGAGCAAGCACAGCAAGUUAGACAACUCAUUUCUUAAGAUCGGAUUGCAGCUGCAACUUCUUCAGGGAGAUCCCUGUUUCAGAGUACUUGCACAACCCCCAGUCCCCACGUUCCCCACAUUCCCCACCCUCACCACAGCCAUACUGAGAGAGGGAUCAGUGUCUCGACUGGAGAGUGAACCCAGGGCUUCAGUUGAGGUCCUGAGAGAUCAGGUAGAGGUCAGUAGAGGGCAAGUAGACGAGGCCUUGGGUCAGAAACUAGAGGAGCAGGAGAGGGCCCUGGUGGCAGAGCACCUUACUCGUCUAGACCAAACCCACGUGGAUGCCUGGGAGGUGGUGGAGCAGCUGUGCCAUGAGCUGCUUGGAUCUGACUUAGAACUCUCCAAAUCUAUUGAGGAUGCAGGACUAGCACUUUAUGUCAGUGAAGAUGGCUCUACAACUCUGGGUGUUUCUCCUCAAGAGAACAGGGACUCCGAUAAUGUAAUGGAAAAUGUCAUCAUUAUGAAAUAAAAACUCCAAGCAUGGCUGAUGUAGUAGCCUACCCUAAAUAAUAAAAAUAAAAAUAAAUAAUAAUCA